UCAUCGCUUUUCCACACCACCACUGCUUUACGAUCAUCUGAAAAAUCUUACCUGAAAAAUCUCUCAUCAGAUUUUCUUCGAUUUUUAAUGGAAGACACGAAUAUCAAGAAGCGAGUUCGGGACUACGAGUCCGACUCGGAGCACGACUCGGUCGAAGUUAAGCGACUCAGAGACGACCUACUGGACUUCCUCGACGAUUUCGAUCCCGUUCCGGCGACUCAGGACCUCGACUCGUUCAUGAAGAGCUUCGAGGAAGAGAUCUCCAAUUCUUGCUCAACUUCGCCUCGUCCGGAGCCCGACACGGCCGCCGCUCCGGUGCCGGUGGUCGAUCUUACGUCAGAUUCCGGCGAGUCCAAUCCGGAUCUCGCACACCUUCUAGAAGCGUCUGAUGAUGAGCUCGGCCUUCCGCCGUCCGGCGGGUUUAGCGGCGAGGUGGCGAACGACAGAGAGUCUGAGUUGGUCAGAGUGUCGUCUGACUCGUCCGGAAUCGGCGAGUUGUGGCGGUUUGAUGACCAGGGUCCGAGUUACGACUCGUUCGAGUUUAACGGCGGAGCUGGUAGUCACUUUGAUGACAGCGGUUACGGGGCGUUUGAUGGCCUGUUUGAGCACUCAGAUGUGUAUUUUGAAUCGUCUGAUUACUCCGAUUUUUCGUGGCGUUUUGAAACGCUGCCUGCGGAGGAGUAGGAUGAAACGAAACGUUUUACGGCUAAUGGAAUAUGAUACAUUGAUACAGA